AUGAUGUUCAGGGCUCAGAACAUGUUUUCCCCACUACCGCUCUUCGCUCUCUCGUCGAUGCUGAUGACACUCGUCGCAGGACUAAGUGCCGCUAGACGUGACUCGGGUACCAACGUUGCUGUCUGUACUUUGCCGGACAAGAUCAGUACAGCAGCAGUGUCCAACCUAGCGCGAGGGAUCACGUUUUCGCGCUGCUCCAAUGCUUCACCGCCUCCUCCCGCCGGAGUCAAAUAUGCGCUGGUGUCCAUCUCCCCCGAAUCCGGCUUUCAACAGCAAUUCUGGGACAUCGGUGGUGACCACUUCGAUCCGUACUGGUUGAGACAGUAUCUCGAGCCGCAGCUCAACGGGUUUCACACCGAGUGCUGGGAAGCACCUGAAAAGGGGUGUAGUAGGCCUGGCCUACAGCCACAUGCACCUAAGCAGAAGCCCGCUACCGCCACUCGCACUCUGCAGAAGGGCGCAAAAGCGGAUCAACAAGAUACGAGCGAUGCUGGUCUCCUGCCUCUUUGGCGAUAA